CCCUCGGUCUGCCAAUGGGCGGAGGUGGGGGGCGUGCCCGUGAGGCGGGCGGCGGCGGUGGCGGCGCGGGGCUUCCUCCUCAUGCUCGGCGUUGAGCCCCCACGGCCGCCGCCGCGGUGGACCCUGCCCGACCGGCCCCGGGUGCGCCCUACACGGCUCCUGCUGGUGUCCCUGGAGCAUGGGAGGCUGCUGCGCUUGAGCGGCGGUGUCUGGCAGGAGCUGCGUGUCUUACCCCAUGGCAGGGAGGGCAUCCAUGGCUGCAGCAAACAAGGGCAACAAGCCCAGAGUCCGGAGUAUCCGCUUUGCAGCAGGCCAUGAUGCAGAAGGCUCCCAGAGCCAUGUCCACUUUGACGAGAAGCUGCAUGACUCUGUGGUCAUGGUCACCCAGGAGAGUGACAGCAGCUUUCUGGUCAAGGUUGGCUUCCUGAAGAUCCUGCACAGGUACGAGAUUACCUUCACUCUGCCCCCAGUGCUCAGGCUGAGCAAGGAUGUCCGAGAAGCACCAGUCCCCAGCCUACACCUCAAGCUCCUCAGCGUCACGUCCAUCCCAGAAGGUUACAGCGUCAAGUGUGAGUACUCAGCGCACAAGGAGGGCGUCCUCAAGGAGGAGAUGCUGCUAGCCUGUGAAGGGGGCACCGGCACCUGCGUGCGAGUGACAGUGCAGGCGCGUGUCAUGGACCGACACCACGGCACACCCAUGCUGCUUGAUGGGGUCAAGUGCGUGGGUGCUGAGCUAGAAUACGACUCAGAGCACAGCGACUGGCACGGCUUUGACUGAGGCCUGCGGCCCCGCGCGCCUUGGGGCCCCACAGCCUUAAACCCCACCUCAUCUCCCCGAAUGCUGUUUGAUGGUGUGGCUUCCUCACCCCUCCCUGGGGUGGGGGUGGGGGUGGGGUGUCCAGGGGCCUCUCACCUCUGCCUUCAUUGUGCCACCUCCCUGCCUCUCCUGCGUCCUCCUCUCCCACUUCCUCCUCUCCGUGUGCCUCAGUCUCCUGCUGGAAGAAAUGGGUUGAGCCCCCAGGGAGGCUAUCUGAGGAGGGGAGGGGGAGGCCUGGGGUGGGUUCUGCCCUCCCCCCACCCCAAGCCAUAGGGGCUCUACCAGGGCUUGGGAGAGGAGGGAGCUGGCUCUGUGAUGACAUUGUUGUCACUCCCAUUACUGCUGCUGCUGUCUGGCUUUUGCCGUCCUGUGCCCCCUCCCUCUUUCUUACUGCUGUCUGCGCUCAGUAGGAGGGAGGCACAGUCCCCAGGCCCUAACCCCCAGGUCUGUGUUACUUGGUUUUUAAAGGACUGGUUGGGAUAAAACCCUAAAGAAAUAAAACUUUCAGUGGAUA